AUGCAGCCAGCUAUCGUGAAUCAAAGCCAUCUGGUAGUGUCUGAUGCCAACGUCUCAGCUUUGGGAUUCCCAGGCCCCUGGAGAGAACCUACAUUCACAGCAGCUGCUAAAGUUCGUGUAGGUGUCACCUGCUGCUUCUUCCUGAUAGCGUCGUGCAGCAACGUGGCUGUUCUGUGCAGCAUCAGUGGUAAAAGAUGUAAGUCUCACCUCCGGAUUCUCAUCCUCAGCCUCUCCGUGGCCGACUUGCUGGUGACUCUCUUGGUCAUGCCGCUGGAUGCCAUGUGGAAUAUAAUGAUUCAGUGGUAUGCAGAUGAACUUUCCUGCAAGAUCCUUAAUUUUGGAAAGUUGUUUGCCAUGUAUUCUGCAGCAUUAGUUCUGGUGGUAAUCAGUCUGGACCGCCACUGGGCAAUCUUGUACCCCCUCAGCUUCACCAGCGCUGGACAACGCAACCGUAUCAUGCUAUGGACAGCUUGGAUCGGCAGUCUGCUACUGGCAUCACCCCAGCUUUUCCUGUUCCGUUUGCGGACGGUCCCGGGAGCCAAUUUCACACAAUGUGCAACACAUGGGAGCUUUGCCCAGCGCUGGCAGGAGACGGCCUACAACAUGUUCACGUUUUGCACUCUGUUUGUCACUCCGCUGGGCGUCAUGAUUGUGUGCUACACGCGGAUACUCUGGGAAAUCGGCAAACAGAUGAAGCACAAGAACGGUGAGAAAGGUUUAGAACCCAAGCUCGCAAGGAGUAAGAAUGACCUCAUCUCCAAAGCUCGGCUAAAAACACUGAAGAUGACGCUGGUUAUUGUGGUAUCUUUCAUGGUGUGUUGGACCCCUUACUACCUGUUGGGAAUAUGGUAUUGGUUCCAACCAGAGAUGAUCCACCUGACUCCCGAGUAUAUCCACCACAGCCUGUUUCUCUUUGGCCUCCUGCACACCUGCACUGACCCUCUGGUUUAUGGAUUAUACACCCCUUCAUUCAAAGAGGAUUUGCGCACAUGGUUUAGGAGACUUGGAGGUUUGCUGACAAGGAAAGCCAAGGACAGCAAGCCCCUUGCAGACUCUGAGAUGAACAUCAAAGACUUUACCUCCAUGGAUGGGCCAACAACUACUGCCACCACAGUACAGUCUGUCUUUUGA